AUGGAUCGUAUUAUAUGUAUUACAUUAGAAGCUUUUAGAGAUAUUUUAGCCAGAAGAAUUCAUGAAUUGCUUUUAUGCCCAGAAUGCCAUGAAUCUAUUUUCACAAAUCUGCAACAAAAAAAUAUUACUAUUCUUACAGAUAGACGCAUGAUCAAUAGUGUUUGUCUUGAAUGUCCUACAACUAAAGCUAAAGAGAGAAAUGAUGUUUCUCAGAUAAAAGCUUCGCAGAAUACUAAACCCUUGAAUCAUAAUUCUGAUAUGAUUGAAGCACCUAUUAUAAAAGAACAAGAAGUCUUAGAACCUAUUUCUUAUCCGGAAAAUAGCACUUUAUAUAAUAACUCACAAAAUGACCCGGGAUCGUGUUCUCGAAGAAACCACCCACCCCUGUAA